CGGCACAAGUGGGACCAUCAGUGCUUGACCAGAGGAGCUUCCUUCUUCCACUUGAACAGAUAGACACUAUGCCUUCCAACAAGUCGUUCAGAACCAAGGUUAAGCUUGGCAAAGCCCAAAAGCAGAACCGUCCUCUUCCCCACUGGUUCCGCCUCAAGUCUGACACCAAGAUCCGCUGGAACGCCAAGAGACGCAACUGGCGCCACACCAAGUUGAACAUCUAAAUGCCAUCUUCCCUUGUUGACUGUAACUCCUCUGUUACUGCAGUUAGUGUUGGAUUUGGAUUGUCAUUAAUAGCAAAUCAACUCUUUUGAACGACCACUGGCACCCUUGUAUACUUUUUUUUUCCAUGCUCAUUUGUUGUCAUUCCAAGAAUUAAAAGCUACGCAAGUGCUCUGUUCUGAAAGAAAUC